AUGGCUGCCGAAAAAGACUCUGUUGUCCAAGGCAAGACCGACAUCACUCAUGUCGAAGGCCAGGACAUCACCUCCACCGCCGAGAACGAGCAGAAAAUCGAGGCCGUCGGCAGGCUUGAGGCCCUCGCCUUCAACUAUACCAAGGCGGAGGAGAAACGCAUGCUCACGAAAAUCGACAUCAUCGUCCUAGGCUAUGUCUCCGGUGCAUACCUGUUGGCAUAUAUGGAUCGCGGCAACAUAGGAAACGCUAACACGGCUGGUAUGUCCAAGGAUCUGGGCCUCACUGAUGGCCAGUACCAAUGGCUCUUGACUGCGUUGUACUUGGGUUACAUUCUCUUUGACUGGCAGACUGUUUUCUACAAGAUCUUUCCAGCCCGAUACUAUGUCCCCACCGUCAUCAUUAUCUGGGGUACCAUUGCUGGAUGCUGCGGUGCUGCCCAAAACUUUGCAGGCAUGCUGGUCUUGCGACUCUUGUUGGGCAUCUUCGAGUCCUCCUACAGCCCUGGACUGGCCUACUUCUUCUCCUUCUUCUAUUACCGCAAAGAAAUGGGUCGACGACUGGGCUGGUACGUGUCAAUUGCUCCUCUAGGGGCCUCUUUUGCCGGAGCAUUCGCCUACUUUGUCACAAAACACCAUCAUGCCAUCGCAGGUUGGCGUGCCCUGUUCCUCGUGGAAGGUCUACCUGCUGUCGCCGUGGGCCUCUUCGGCUACUACUGGCUCCCCAGCAAUCCUCAAGACUGCCAAUUCCUUACCGAGAAGGAAAAGAAGAUUGCCCGCGCUCGCAUGGUCCGAAUGGUCGGAAAUGUCGAGCGUGACCGGAAGAUCGAUAUCAAGAACUUCUUUGCAUCAUUGCUCGACCUCAAGAACUGGUUGCCGACCCUCAUGUACUUCUCCUGCAAUGUGAGCUACGCCUCUUUGCCAAUCUACAUACCAACCAUCCUCCAAGGCAUGGGUUUCACCGCUCUCCACGCCCAAGGUCUCUCGGCACCGCCCUACCUGUUUGCCUGUCUCGUUGUGCUUGCAAUCGGUCAUCUCUCCGACCAUUUCCAACGCCGAGGCAUCUUCCUCGCCAUGUGCAGCGGAACCGCCGCCGUGGGCUAUCUGAUCUUAUGUCUGGUCGAAGUGGUCGGAGUCAAAUACUUUGCUCUCUACCUCGUCGCAGGCGGACUGUACCCGUGUAUCGGUCUCGUCCUCUCCUGGGUCGCGAACAACAACGGCAGCGACAGCAAGCGCGGCGCCGGCUUCAUCCUCAUGAACUUCGUAGGCCAGUGCGGGCCGCUCGUGGGGACCCACAUCUUCCCGGCCAGCGAGGCGCCUCACUACAAGAAGGGAUUCUGGAUCAGUUUUGGAUUCUGCACUUUCGCGGCGACGAUGGCAUUGACGCAGAUUGCUUGGUUGACACACCUGAACAAGAAGCUCGACGAGAAGUACGGACCAGUCCGCGAAAUCGUCAACACCGAGGACGAGAUCGGCGCGGAAACCGACUCGAGCGAGAAUUUCAGGUAUAUCUUGUAG